GCCAGAGAGAGGCGCUGCCGCCAUUUUGUGAGCGCGGCUGGUGGAUGCUGAAAGACGCAGUGAGGUCUGCGAGAGGAAAAAUAACCCCAGAAGUUGGAGGGGGUGGGAGAGCAACGUUACCACAGACCCGCCGCCGGUGAAGCAACCGCUCUCUUCAUCCAGCGAGCCGAGUUUUUAUAUUAAAAUACACCGCAGCUAUGAGCGACACCGAAGGGAAUAACUACAAUGGCAGAGGAUCCCGCUCCCGUAGUAAGUCACCAGAUGGAAGUGCUGCCCGUGCAAAAUCUGAGAGCAGGUCUGGAUCACGCAGUGCGUCAAGGGCUUCAAAGCAUUCAGACUCCCGUUCCCGAUCCAGAUCAAAAUCCAGGUCCCGGUCAAGGAGGCAUUCCCAUAAGCGUUAUUCACGCUCCAGGUCCAGAUCUCACUCUCAUAGAAGAAGGUCAAAGAGCAGAUCCUACACCCCAGAAUAUCGCAGACGGAGAAGUCGCAGUCAUUCUCCUAUGUCCAACCGUAGAAGGCACAACGGCAGCAGGGUAGGUUCUCACUCUAGAAUGAGAACAGGUCUGCCUAGAGAGGCAAACCCUGAUCCAAACACAUGCGUUGGUGUUUUUGGCUUGAGUUUAUACACAACAGAGCGAGAUAUUAGAGAAGUGUUUUCUCGUUAUGGUCCUCUCAGUGGUGUCAAUGUAGUUUAUGAUCAGCGGACUGGACGAUCAAGAGGAUUUGCGUUUGUCUAUUUUGAACGCAUAGAGGAUUCCAGAGAGGCCAUGGAACAUGCCAAUGGUAUGGAACUAGAUGGCAGAAGGAUACGGGUUGAUUAUUCAAUAACGAAGCGGGCACACACACCAACUCCAGGCAUUUAUAUGGGAAGACCUACACAUGGUGGUGGAGGUGGAGGUGGCAGCGGCGGUGGUGGUGGCAGUAGUGGCGGCGGUAGCAGCAGUGGUGGAGGUGGACGUCGUCGGGAUUCUUACUAUGACAGAGGAUAUGACAGAGGAUAUGACGAAUAUGAUUAUAGAUACAGGAGACGAUCACCUUCACCUUACUACAGCCGCUACAGAUCCAGAUCACGAUCACGCUCAUACAGUCCAAGGCGCUACUAAGACAUUGAAGACUCAGAUUUUUUUUUUGAUUUUUUUUUAUUUUUUUUAAGUGGAAACCUCCUAUGAUCUGUUUUUAAGAACAUCUUGAAUCUGCAGUUUUCUGUUUAAAUGUAUUGUUCUAUUCCUUGCAAAACAAUAGUAUUGCUGUAGGUUUUAUGCAUUGGAAUAUCCAUAGCAUAUAGAAGUGAAACACAAUUUUGAUAGUGGUAUUACCUUGCAAUGUUGUCUUGCAAUCUUUAGAGUCCUGGUAACUGGGAACCUUUUGAGAUGCUUCAUUUAAUUCAUAUUUUGUUUUUCUUGCUUAUUUUAUUUUUCUCCCUUGCAACUUUUUGGUUUUGUACCAGCCACACCUGAACAUUAUUUUGAAGGGAGCGAUUUUUGUGAUAGUAACUGCGUGUAUAUUGAAAAUAAAAAACCUUGUACAUUGUC